UUCCUCCUCGGUUCCUGUUGGGAUGCUGAGGCGGGCGGGGCCCUUUCUCCCUGCGGUCCCCUGAUGUUGCAGGAAGAGCAGAUCGGACUCAGACGGAACCAGAAACGGUCCAUUUUAACAGCGUCUCUCUCCUUCGGUUAUUCUACACUAUGGGAUUAUUAAAUAAACGGGUUUAACGUCGGACCCUCUCUUGGUUUGCUCCAAUCAGUGCAGUGGAGUGGGAUUUUCUGUCGUGUCAGUGGAAGGAAGCAGUGUUUUUGGUGUAUCAGUCGCCAUGGCCUGGCCCUGCAUCAGCCGGGCCUGCUGCAUGGCCCGGUUCUGGAACCAGCUGGAUAAGGCUGACAUCGCGGUGCCUCUGGUCUUCACUAAAUACACGGAUGUGUCGGAGAUGCAGCACAUCCAGCUGCAGCCGCAGCUCCAUCCUCCACAGGCCGGGGUCGCAAUAGAAACGCAGCCUCUGCGCGCAGAACCCCGCGCCGCCAGAGCGCCGCGCGGGCCGCGGAGGUGCGUCUCAGAGGAGCGCGUGUGCAGCUCGGUGAUGCGCGAGGACUUCAAACACUGGAAGGUGCGUCCGGAGCCCAGCUGCAAACCCAGGAACGAGUACCACGAACCGGAGACGCCGUUCAACACCGAGACCCAGUACCAGAAGGACUUCAAGCCCUGGCCCAUCCACAAAAGGUAUGACCAUCCCUGGAUACCCCCAGCGGGGCACGACCCGCAGCCCAGGCACGACCCGCGGCCCAGGCACGAGAAGAAGCACGUAGCGCUGGAGGCGGAGUGCGGCGUGGAGAAGGGCGCCAUAGCCGACAAGGUGCAGGAGAAAGACCUGCUGCAGAGGCAGGAGAGGAAGAAGCGCUCCAGUAAGCAGGUGGUGCUGAAGGUGGAGGCAGAGGGCAAAGGCAGGGCGGCGGUGGAUGCCCUGAACCGACAGAUCAAGCAGGAGAUCAGCGCUGGCAGCUCCUACAGAACUGAGUUUAAGGCGUAUAAAGAUGUGAAGCCAGUGAAGAUGAUUCGUGCAAAGUCUCAGUACCUGCCUCCAGAUGAAAAGACGAGCUUAGAGACCAGCUACAGCGCCAACUUUAAGGGACUCGCUCCACUGCAGCCCGCUGACAACAAGGCCCAGGAGAGGAGGAGGAUACGCAGUCUGUACAGCGAGCCCUACAUAGACCCCAUCAAACAGGUUGACAGGUAUAGUGCCCUACGCUCUAAACCUAAAAAGCCUGGAGCCACAGCCGCAGGCCAGGGUAAACCAGCGAGGAAAGCCAAAGAUAAGCAAAGCGCCACGCUGAAGGGCUCCAAGAAGACGACUUCGGAGAAUCAACCCGAGAACCGGCCGGCAGUCGGGGACAAGGAGAAAAAUCGCUAUAGUAACGAGUGGGCGGAAGCUUCCUCUUUCUGUCUCUGCCAUUUGAUGCUACCCGCCUCCCCCACCCGCUGCUCACCACCAUCUCCAGGUUGCCAUGGCUACUUGGCUGCCUCGCCAACCAAUUGGAUGACUGUCGUUGCAUGGGCUCAUUUACAAGCACGUCUGAAGGGUUGGCUUUGAUCAGCUGAGCAGAUUGCUUAGUAGAGUUUAUCAAGGAUUUGUCUCUCUUCCCUUUUUUUGUUCUUUUUGGAAGAAAAAAAAAAUGACUUAUUGGCUCUUUUUUAUUCAAUCUUCAUUUGUUUUUAAAAAGAAAAUCUUUGAUAAAUGUACCGCUUGGUUAUUCAUGAUGUGUCUGUGAUCCACAGCUUUGUCUGUACUUUUCUGUCUGUGUUUAAAUAUAUCUCCAUCAAUGCUUUGGUAAAUGUGAUUUCCUUUCUAGUGCUUUAUUAUAAACUCUGUUCAAUGAUAGUAAAUGUCGUAAAUCAUCUAAAGAUCCUGCUCCCACCAUUCAGCAUCUCCUUCUUUAACGUAUAACGCCCCAUUUGUUUCUAGAGGGGCGGUUUAGUUGUAUUAGAGCGAUUAUGCAUUAAGGUCGAGCCCUCAGGAGAACAGAGCAGGAUUCCCUAUGAAUUACAUAACGCUGUGAUGCAGACAUAACCCUUUUAAACCAAAGCAGCACUACCAUUCUAGUAAUACGAGAGGGAGGCGCUUAUGGAGCAAAUGCUGGUCCAUUAUUUUUGUAGCAGAGAACAUGUUAUGUAAAUAGAAAUUUAAAAAGAAUGCAAUCCAGAAAUGAAACUUGCUUUGCAUUAAUUCACUCAAAUGGAUGGAAACAUUAUUAUUAUUAUUAUUAUUUUUUUUUUUAGUUUUCCCUAAAUUGGCAUCACAUUUGGAAGGAACACUGCUACUGUCGUUGUGGCAAAAUACAACAUGAUGAUGAACUAAAAGCAUCAACGACAAUGUCAGUCAUAGUGUAGUUAAACAUAUAUCAUGGCAGCUUUUUCAGCAUUAGUUCAGGGAAUACACCCUUUCAAUGAAUGUCCAUUUUACUAAAUCAUUCAUCAUAUUUCUAAACAUCUAUCCAAGAACUAAUGCAAUGCCCUCAUGUUUAUUGUCAUCAGUUCUCAUUCUUAUUACAUCAUUAAUCCUCCAGCGAACACAGUUCAUGCAUAACAUAUGCACUAUCAGCAUGUAGUUAGUCCACCUGAGCACUGUCCAUGUAUGACAAAACCACUAUUAGUGUAUAAAUGAUGCAAUCACUACAUAUUUAGCAUAAGGUUCACAUAAGACUAGUAAAUAUGCACAAAAACUGUCAUUUUUUAAAUAGAGCAACUCAGUUUGGCAUUUUUUUCCUUCACUGGUUUGGAAGUUAAUUGUGUUCUGGUCUUCAUGCUAGACCAGAAACAUGUAGAGUUCGGUUCUGCAUUAUUGACAUUGUUUAUUAAAAACAUGAUGCAGGAUGAGCUUUAUGUGGUUCUGUCUGUAAAUAGAAAUUUUCAAUAAAUUUCCCCCUAAAUCUC